CGCUUGGUAGGAGCUGGGGUCCGCGUUGAAGAGUCGUCGUGCUCCCGUGUGCGCCAGCAGCUUCAGGAAGGUGGGUACUUCGUCACACGGGCAGCCGUAUGUUUCCACCGCCAGGGGGAAUAGGCCCACGUACUCGGCCCUGCUGGAGUAGUGGUCCGCCUUCUUGGCAGCUUGCUCCCUGGCCAUAUACCCCCUGCCCUUGCGUGCUCCCCAAGGGACAUGCCUGCCUCAGGGGCACCCAGAGGCAGCCCCUCAAGUGGCGAAGCUUCGUUUACCUUCCCGAGGUAGGUGAGGGCUUGACCCCGCUGGAGGGCGACAGACCAUCGCUGGCGGAACUGGCUGAGCAGUUUAGCCGCCUGGUAGGAGCUGGGGUCGGCAUUGAAGAGGCGGCGGGCUGCUGUGUGUGCGAGGAGUUUAAGGAAGGUAGGCACUUCGGCGCAUGGGCAGCCGUACGUUUCGACCGCGAGAGGGAAAAAGCCGACAUAUGCUGCCCGGUGGCAGUACUCGUUGAUCUUCUUGUCCGCUUGUUCUCGGGCCAUGUCGGCGGUCUUGCCGUCGACGGGGUUGUACAUCGCCGUUUCUUUCGUGACAAUGAGUUGUGCGUCUCGCCCCAUGCGGACGCACUCGUCCCGGAGGGCGUUGUGUGUGUCGGUGCGACCGUGUCCUGUCCCACAGCGGAGGAGGUGGUUUGGUAGGCGUGGGUCGAUGAUCGCGACCUGUUGCGCACAGUUGCAGGCCCUGGGUGCCGGGACAGGGAGGCCCAUGCGGAACGCCAAGGCGAAGGCAUAGGAAAUGAGCAACCGGUGGGCCUGUGUGACGCUGGUGAGGAAGGCGUGUGGACCCUCCACUGCGGGAUCUGCGAGGCCGAGGCCGCCGAGAGUGGGGGGCAGAGAAGCCUGUUGCCACGUGCGCGACCGCUCCAGGUCGCCCCGUGGGAGCUGGAGGUUGCACGAGAGGAGGAGGGUGUGGAAGAGCUCCUGGCCCCAGUUGGACCAUUCCUCGGUCGGCAGCGGGUCAAGGGGGGUGGUGCGGGUCAGGGAGCGGUCUGGCCAUGUCAGCCAGCUGCUCCCGAAGGAAAGCGGCUGUGGCUGCAGGAGGGCCGAGGUGGCUGCCGAGGACGCGAAGGCCGUCGGCGCGGAAGGGAAUGCCCGGGGGGAGGACUGGGCUGGGGGGCUCGAAAGCGGACCACGCCGCGCACUUUGAAGGGUUGUGCACGAGGCCCAAGGGGCGAAGGGCCUCCGUGAGAUGCGUGAAUGCUGACGCACACGCCGCCGGCUCUCCAAGGAGUGUGAUAUCGUCGGCGUAUGCGAGGCAGAGCACAGUGGGGAACGCGGAUGCUGUCGCCUGGAGUGCGGGGUGUAAAGCCGCUGCGAAGAGCAGGGGGCCCAUAGGGUCCCCUUGGCGGACGCCCCGGGCACUGAGGAGGGGUUCGUUGCCGAAUCCCGCGUCUAAGAAGAGGCGGGAGGGGGCUCCCGGGAGGAAAUGGGACUGCGCCUGCGAUGUCAUGGUGAGGAGGCCCACCUUCGCCACAAGGCGGUGCAGGCAUUCGCCGAUGGCGAUAGGUCGCGUACCGCCUCCAGGCUUGGGAAAAGCCAUGAGGCGGCUAGCACCUGCGCCCGCCCGGGGAACAGUGUUGGACCCCCAGCUCCUCGCCGUGAUGCGCGCAGUGUCGGCGAGCAUAGAUUCGGCUGCAGCUGUAGACAUCGUUGGCGGAGCCGUGUCAGCGCUCCAGCUCCUGGAGGGCUAUGUGACGGCCCUGCUGGAAGAAGCGGGAGCGGACCAGCUCGCGUGACCUGCCCCCUCCUGACGUACGUUCGCGUGGGAGACGAGUUCACCAGCGCUAGAGCCUCGGUACGGCGGAUGAGGCUCUCCAUGUCUGGAGUUAGG